ACCUACGCGCUCAUUUUCUCCUCCCACUCACCUUUCUUUCCUCUCCUCUGACGAGAGAGGCGGCGCCAUGGUCGCCCAGCUACCACGCCGGCGCGGCCGCGCUUGCUCGCCUGAGCUCGCACGCGUGCGUUCAUCGAAGCGAGCGGCUCUGUCAAUCUCGUCUUUCCGGGGUAGCGCGCGUGGCUGGGGCGGCUGCUGAACGCCGGUGAUGGUGCGCCGGCAACCAGGACGCGCCGGCCACGACGCGUGCCACGGAGAUUCGUCUCCCACCAUGCGCCAUCCUCGUUCCCUCCGCCGGCAAGGGAACACGGGAGAGCCGACCAGCAAGAAGAGAUGGCGGCCAGGGGACUGCGGUGUGCUGCUGCUCGCCGGCCCCUUCUCCACAGCGCCGCCGGCGACCUCGUCCGCUACGAGAUCGCUUCCACCGGCCAGCUUGCGCGGUUUUUUGAAGGCUGAUGCAGCUCGCAGGGGUUGCAGCGAUGCCCUGCCUGCGUGCUUACGAAAAUGCCAUGCGGCUGCUGCUGAACAGGUCGUGGCGGCGAGUUCACCGCACUGCACCCUUAGUGGUGGCGCUAUCUCGGUUUUGGCUACAAUUCUCUCGGGUGAUUCCUUGAGUCGAUGUCCAGUGUCUGGCCAUUAAAUUAAUUAUAUAUGGACCUUUUCUGGUACUAGUUUGUGCUACUGGUGAUUUUGUUUCCCUGCUUGUUCUUUCCCCUUUGCACAAUUUGAAAGAUGUUUCCUUUGCCAAUUCCUUGUAUACCAUUUCCUAGAUGACCAGUUUUCUGUUUUUGCCAAUUCCCAAUAUGUGUAUGUGAUGUCCAUGGUGCUGGAUAUA